AUGAGGCUUCGCUGCCUCUACAUCUACGACCCUCGGAUUGCAAUAUUUUUUCUUAGUCUCUAUGCUCUGGCUUGCGGUGCCUUCCAGACCUACCUUUCGGGUAUCAUCACGGUCCUCGAGCGCCGUUUUCCGUUCCGCUCUCGCGAGACUGGCGUCAUCCUGAGCGGCAAUGAGUUCGGUUAUGCCGUCUGUGUCCUCUUCAUUGCGUAUUAUGGUGGGCAAGGCAAAGAAUCACUGACCCUCGGUACCAGCGCGGUUGCCUUGGCCCUUGGAGCUAUGCUCUUCACCACGCCUUUUUUGCUUUUCGGCCCAAAAUACCAGCCAUACCAACUGUUGCCCAAUUCUACAGUGACCAGUUUUCCGGGACUACUGGCCAAACAAUUGACCCAACUAAGCAACACUACUACCAUCCGACCCUACAACCCGAUUAACACUUUAAUCUGCUCACCGGAACAAAUUCAGGCGGGGCACAAUUUGCGUGGGUUGUUGUUGGAGCAGUCCAGUGAAAAGUGGUUGGCCUUCACGUUGCUAUUCCUCUCCAACGUUAUUCUGGGCGUCGCCUCUUGUCCAAUGUGGAAUGUUGGGCUCACGUUGAUCGACAACAUGAGCGGUCGAAAGAGUGCAAUCUAUAUUUGUAAGUGCAUAUUGAUCUUUCAAAUGCUACAUCAAAUUUAG